ACAGCUGGGCUAGAUUCUAGAUUCCCCAGGAACCGCUGAAGAGCUGAGUCAGUGGAGUACACAAGUACAGCAUUGGACAUCUCAGGUACUUGAGACAUGACUCCCACUGUCUUCCUAGUCAUCCUGUGCUUGGGAGUGGCCUCAGCUGCUGAAUCCCCUGAUCCUACUCUGGAUGCUGAAGAGCAAGAGCCGAAGAUAAAAAAUGAGAAGCUGGAUGAAGAAGGAUUCAGAAGAGGGAUGUGGGAGGAGUUUAUGAAGAAGGUUGAACUCUACAAUAAGGAAAAUGGCCAGGAGGACAAGGAUGACUUCAACAUAGAAAUGAAUGCCUUUGAUCACUUGACUGAUGAUGAAUUCGUGAAAAUUAUUGAUAAAGUUUUAUACCCAAUGCUUGGAGAGAAGGAAAAAACUCAAACACAGCCAGUUGGUGAUGUCCCUGAAUUUGAGGAUUUGGCAGGGAGCAGUGCUGUGACUCCUGUACAGGAUCAGCCAGAGUAACAUGGAUGACAACAUAAAGUUAGCCAAGGAGUGAAGCAAUCACUGUGCCUUUGUCUCAGAGGCUUCUACCCCAAGAUGUGAGAUGCCUGAUGAUGAAAAAGAAGGUCUGUACUAGAGGAAGGGGAGCAGAAGCAGCAAGGGGCCUCCCCAUCACAGGAUCCAACACUCAAAUCAUUAAGAGGAACAUUGUUGUGAGAACUCCAGGCAUGCUCACACUAAAACAAACAAACAAAAAACAAACAAACAAAAACUUACAUACACUUCAACCUAUGCUCUUAACUCCUAUAUAUUAAUGAUUCUCAGAAUGAUUUUUAGAUUAAACUUUAAAAUAAAGAAUAUACAAAGCUAUGUCUUUAAAAAUAAAGAUUUAUUUAAAAUGCAA